AAUACGAUCGAAGUACAUAAAAAAUACCUAAACCGUAGCACAGUGAAUUGACAUCUUCUGCUGGAGUUUAGAUAACCAAAAAAUUAAUUAUCAAACUCCCAUAAUCAGAUAAUAUUAAAAACACUGAAAUGGGUGUAAAAGUCCAGGAAGCGAUGGAGAUUGAGGUGGCAGCAGAGAUUGCUGGCGAGGAAGCUGGCGACAAGAAGGACGUGAAUGUCCAGACGAUCCAAGAUCUGCGUGAGCACACACGUCAAAUAGAGAAGGCAGUGCAGAACAAAGAGCCGCGAUUCAUUCUCCGGGCACUUCGCGCUCUGCCCAAUACCCGAAGGAAACUGAACCCCGUGGUCCUGCGUGGCGUCAUCGGAGGUUUCUAUACCCGGUCAGCAGCCGAACGAGAGGCUUUGCUCGCCUGGGUCGAGGAGCCCAUGGACACUGAAGGAACUCAGGCUGCAAUCCAGCGGUUCAAGAGCUCGGCAUCUCCACUACUUCCAGAGAUUGACGCGUACAUUCAUCUCCUGGUUCUCGUACGUCUUAUUGAUACCAAAAAGAACCAGGAAGCCGUCCAGUGCUCUGAGGCCCUCGUGCAGAAAAUAAUUGCACAGAAUCGCAGGACAAUUGACCUCAUAGCCGCCAAGUGUUACUUCUAUCACUCCCGUGCCUACGAACUAGUCAACCAGCUGGACAAAAUUCGCGGGUUCCUUCAUCUGCGUCUAAGGACAGCGACUCUGCGCAAUGACUUUGAAGGACAAGCGGUUUUGAUAAAUUGUCUGCUACGUAAUUACUUGCAUUACAAUUUAUACGAUCAAGCAGACAAGCUGGUGCUCAAGUCGACGUUCCCAGAGACUGCCAGCAACAACGAGUGGGCAAGAUUUCUCUACUACUUGGGGCGCAUAAAAGCAGCUAGACUCGAAUACUCGGCAGCUCACAAGUAUCUGGUGCAAGCGAUGCGCAAAGCGCCCCAGUCAACUGCCAUCGGAUUCCGUCAGACCGUCCAGAAGCUUGCGGUGACCGUCGAGUUACUACUUGGAGAUAUUCCUGAGAGACAGAUCUUCAGAACUGCGCCGUUGAGACGCGCACUGGCUCCUUAUUUCCAGCUCACUCAGGCAGUUCGUCUAGGAAACCUCCAUCGAUUCGGCGAAGUCCUGGAGAACUUCGGACCCCAGUUCCGUCUCGAUCAUACAUUCACUUUGAUCCUCCGUCUGCGUCACAACGUCAUCAAGACCGCGAUCCGCUCGAUUGGGUCUUCUUACUCCCGAAUUUCUCCUGGAGACAUCGCGCGCAAACUGGGACUCGACUCUGGAGUAGACGCGGAGUUUAUCGUCGCUAAGGCGAUACGCGAUGGCGUUAUUGAGGCCACACUGGACCCAGAAAAUGGGUACAUGAGGAGCAAAGAGACCACCGACAUCUACUGCACCAGAGAGCCACUGCUGGCUUUCCAUCAGCGCAUCACGUUCUGCCUCGAUCUGCACAACCAGAGUGUUAAGGCCAUGAGAUAUCCGCCCAAGUCUUAUGGAAAAGAUCUCGAGUCUGCUGAAGAACGCAGGGAAAGAGAGCAACAGGACUUGGAGCUUGCCAAGGAGAUGGCUGAAGAAGACGAUGAUGGUUUUCCUUAAAUAAUUAUAAUAAUAAUAAAAAAAUUUUUUUUUAAUUAAUCAAUUAAUUAAUGAACUGAAUUGCAAGUUUAAUAUUGUACUUUGUAACGUUUAUCCUUUUCAAUAAUAAUAAACAAUUUAAUUAUUAAAAAAUUAUUAUU